GUUUUUUUUUUUUUUUUGACAACAAACAAUAAUAAAACAGGGGUGUUAUUCCAAUAGAGUGUUUUAAGUUUCUAACUCAUUCUAAAAAUAAAUUAAAAAGGGAAGUAUUCCAAUAGAGAGUAUUUCAAUUUUCCAACUCAUUCUAAAAAUAAAUAGAAAAGGGAAAUAUUCCAAUACAGAGUAUUUCAAGUUUUCAACUCAUUCCAAAAACGAAAUAAAACAAUGUAGUAAAUGGAAUUGUCAUGCGUAGCUCGUCAUCCACUCAUUGCAAAAUUGCCAAAAAAAAAAAACAACAUAACUCCACCUUAAUAUUCACACAUAUAACUCAAACCAAAAGCCACCACAUUUACAUGCAUGAGCUUAAACCUAGAGAAAUCAAACAAAAACUCCAAUGGAAGGGGAAAUGAAGCAGAGCAAGCUGGGUCGUAGAUUGCUACUGUUUCCUGCACCAUUUCAUGGCCAUAUAAAUCCAAUGCUACAUCUAGCAACACUCCUAUACUCCAAAGGCUUCUCCAUCACCAUUAUCCAGACUGUUCAUAAUCCUAUAAAUCCUACCCAUUUCCCACACUUCACCUUCCACUCCUUUUACAGUAGCUUGCUUGAGUUAUAUUCUAAGUCCCCUCCAUCCGAUCCUUUAGCAUUCACAUCUGCUAUGAACAAUUGCUCGGAACCAUUCCGGGAUUGUUUGUCUCAAAUUUUGUGUGAUGCUACUGCUGCUGCGGACAAUGAGCCUAUUGCUGCCUUGAUAGCAGAUCCUAUAUGGAAAUUUGCAGGGUCUAUCGCUGCUAGCUUUAACCUUCCUAGGAUGGCGCUGAGGACUGGUGGUGUGUUGUCUUUACUGGUUUAUCUUUCCAUGCCUUCUUUACGAGAAAAAGGCUAUCUCCCACCCCAAGAUCAUAAAUUAGACGAACCACUGCCAGAGCUUCCUCCUUUAAAAGUCAGGGACCUUCCUUUACCAUUGCUACAUGAGCUACUGGAAACUGUAGUCCAUGAAUUUAAGACUUCCCAAGGUGUUAUAUGUAAUAGCUUUGAGGAACUUGAAGAUUCUUCAAUAGCUCAAGUUCACCAAAUCCUUCCCAUCCCCAUCUUUCCUAUAGGUCCUUUACACAAACACACACCAACUUCUGAUACCAACUAUUGGGCACAAGACCAAACCUCCAUCACUUGGCUGAAUAAUCAAGCACCCAAGUCUGUACUGUAUGUGAGUUUUGGGAGUGUUGAAGCUAUAAGCAGAACUGAAUUUCUUGAGCUAGCCUGGGGAUUGCUCGACAGCAUGGUGCCUUUCCUGUGGGUGGUCCGCCCUGGAAUGAUCCAAGGCACAAAAGCUUAUGACUCAUUGCCAGAAGGCUACCUUGAAAUGGUGGGUGAAAGAGGACAUAUUGUCACAUGGGCACCUCAAUUAGAGGUUUUAUCCCACCCAGCUGUUGGAGGUUUUUGGACUCACAAUGGAUGGAACUCAACUUUGGAGAGCAUUUGUGAAGGAGUGCCAAUGCUUUGCCAGCCUAUCAAUACUGACCAGUACACGAAUGCAAAGCUGGUGAGUGACGGCUGGAAGAUAGGAUUGAAGGUGGAAAAGAAGGUAAAAAGAGAAGAAAUAGUAAGGUCAAUAAGAAAACUAAUGCUGGAAGAUGGUGGAGAGAUGAAGAGCAGAAUCACAACUUUAAAGGAGAAGGCAACUUUCUGUGUCAAGGAAGGUGGUUCUUCAUACACAUCUUUAGAGAAGCUUACCAAACUUUUACUAUCAUUUUGAUUCACUUGGUUUGUAGCAUUAAAUAUUGUCAUUAACCAAAUAGUCUGAGAAGAAAACUUUAAAUAAAAAUUACCCCAAAAAUUUGUCUGUUCAGGUCCUAGAGUCAGUCCGAACUUCAAACUGAUGAUGAACAUUGCUUGUAUUUUGCCUUUUUAGCUCUUGAUCCCGGAAAAAGAGGGGGGGGGGGGAUUUCAUCAGUCAAGUUUACUUCAGGCAUGAAUAAAAUAUCUUUCAAACUCAGAAAUCUGAUCUCUAAGACAAACAAUGUGCUUCACACGGAGUUGAAGAAUGAAAGAUAUAUUCUUGUUAUGAUAUGAUAUGAUAUCAAGGUAGAAAUAGAAAGGAAUUGAAAAAUCCAUUUUCCUUCCUCUUUUAAAACGACUACUUGCAUCUUCUGCCACCCUCUUUUCUCCAAAAAGGUCAUUAGACACGCUGCUAAGCUCUUGAUCUCUAAACAAGAAUUUGAGUUGACUAGUUUUCAGUUGUCUUACCCUUUGGAAUCUCCAAUACAGGAUCAUGUUAAGUUGAAAGCUGAGAUACAGAAAACUCUUGGUAACAGAUCAAAAGACCAAUGGAGUAGUUGCCCCAAAAUCCCGUGUUGUGUGAAGUUCAGCAAUGCAUGAUGGCAUGAUGCUCACCGCAGACAUGCAUGAAUCCUUCAGUCCUUCAUAAGGUUGUUUUCCAAUAAAUUCAGAUAGACAUAGUUUCGAGGCAGUACGAUACAUACCUUAUGCUGUAACAACACAAAAAUGACAGGGCUGCCAAGGUUUCAUGUUACCCUGAUUUGGCCCUGGUAAGAAAGAUAGGCAUGAUCCUAUUUACAAUACUCACUACAAAAAACUAGAGAAGCCUUUCACUUAUGUCUUAAAUAUCAACCAAUAUUCUGAAGGAAAGAAGCAGCAAAGUAAGAUAAGGGUAAGGGUAUUCCUAAUCGUACUACCAAUCAAGGCCAUAAAACACCAAUGUUCCACCUAGCAAAUAUUCUCCAUUCAAAAGGCUUCUCAACCACCGUCAUCCAAACAAACUACUACAAAUCUUUUGAUCCUACCCAUUUCCCGCGUUUCUACUACAAAUAUCUGCACCAAGUGAUAUAAGCAGUCUUAGCUGCCCUUAACACAACCCACUUAGAAACAUUAAGAUGUCUCAUUGAGGUUUUCUAAGCCUUUCAAGAAUGAUGUUGAGAUGUGGUAGCUGUCUACCUUUAUGUUUAUCAUUCCCUGCUAACUCUCCACAAACAGGAUUACUAUCCUAACUCGAACAUCUUUGCUUAGAAUAAUCUAAAUUAUCAAUUCCAACAUCCUAAAUUUCUUCUAUGAAUUUGUUACUUGAGUAAUCAGCACAAAACAUGGUUUAAGUUUAUGUACUUGUAACACACCAAGGGCAUAAACUAACAUUAAUGUUGUAAAUUUCACAACUUUAAUCGCGAUAUCUAUCAAUUGUAAUAGCUAGACAAUAUCAAUCAUUUAACAAUUACGAAUUACAAUUUGUAAAUUACAUAAUCAAAUUUUAUAUAACUAAAAAGAAAUCAGGGUUAAUCAAUGCAUAACACAACAUAUGAAUAUUAACUUUCAAAAAGGCAAACCCAAUAUCAAUCAAAUGAUAAUAAACAUUAGAAUGAAAUUUAAGCAAACAAUUACAAUGAAAAUUAAGAAAAAAGACAAAAAUUGAGUGGAAAUGAAACUAACCUAAACAAUCCAUGGAAGCCUUAACAAUUAAUUAU